GCGCCCCGACGGUGCGCCCGCCGAUGCCCAAGUGAGCGCGGCGACGGCAAGAUGCUGGCACUGCUGGCUGUCAGUGUGGCGCUCGCCGUAACCGCCGGGGCUCAGGAGAAGCCGGUGCCUGGCAGUCGCUUCGUGUGCACCGCGCUGUCCCCAGAGGUGGCCCUGGCCGGCUGCCCGCUGCCCGCCAUGCCCAUGCAGGGCGGCGCGCUGAGCCCCGAGGAGGAGCUGCGCGCCGCGGUGCUGCAGCUGCGCGAGACCGUCGUGCAGCAGAAGGAGACGCUGGGCGCGCAGCGCGACGCCAUCCGCGAGCUCACGGGCAAGCUGGCGCGCUGCGAGGGGCUGGCGGGGGGCAAGGCGCGGGGCUCGGGCAAGGACACCAUGGGCGACCUGCCACGGGACCCUGGCCACGUCGUGGAGCAGCUCAGCCGCUCGCUGCAGACCCUCAAGGACCGUCUGGAGAACCUGGAGCUCCAGCUUCGCACCAACGCGUCCAACGCAGGGCUGGCAGGUGACUUUCGAGAGGUGCUCCAGAGGCGGCUGGGGGAGUUGGAGCGACAGCUGCUGCGCAAGGUGGCCGAGCUCGAGGAUGAGAAGUCCCUGCUCCACAACGAGACUUCGGCUCACCGGCAGAAGACCGAGAGCACCCUGAACGCCUUGCUGCAGAGGGUGACUGAGCUGGAGCGAGGCAACAGCGCGUUCAAGUCUCCAGAUGCGUUCAAAGUGGCCCUCCCGCUCCGCACCAACUACCUGUACGGCAAGGUCAAGAAGACGCUGCCCGAGCUGUACGCCUUUACCAUCUGCCUGUGGCUGCGCUCCAGCGCCUCGCCCGGCAUCGGCACCCCAUUCUCCUACGCCGUGCCCGGCCAGGCCAACGAGAUCGUGCUGAUCGAGUGGGGUAACAACCCCAUCGAGCUGCUCAUCAACGACAAGGUGGCACAGCUGCCUCUGUUCGUCAGUGAUGGCAAGUGGCAUCACGUCUGUGUCACCUGGACGACACGGGAUGGCUUGUGGGAAGCAUUCCAGGACGGGGAGAAGCUGGGCACCGGCGACAGCUUGGCCCCCUGGCACCCCAUCAAGCCGGGCGGCGUGCUCAUCCUCGGGCAGGAGCAGGACACCGUGGGGGGAAGGUUUGACGCCACGCAGGCCUUCGUCGGGGAGCUCAGCCAGUUCAACAUUUGGGAUCGCGUCCUGCGCGCCCAGGAAAUCGUCAACAUGGCCAACUGCUCCACAAACAUGCCGGGCAACAUCGUCCCCUGGGUGGACAACAACGUGGACGUGUUCGGAGGAGCUGCCAAGUGGCCCGUGGAGACGUGCGAGGAACGGCUCCUGGACUUGUAGUCGCCUUUGCAGAGAGGCCGGGAGGCCGGGGUCCGUCUGGUCUGCUGGGGGGAGUUCAAGGC